CAUGCAGUGUGUGUUGUGUGAUGUGCCAGGGGUUUGCGCGUAGUUCGUUUUGAUGAUCGUUUAAGUGCGUUACUCAAACGUUACAUUCAUCGUUCGCAGACGACUUAAUCAUCUUUGAAAUCCACUGCAUCUGACCCUUCAACAUGUCGUUAUUAACGAAACCAAAGAGCGAGAUGACAUCAGAGGAGCUCGCUAAGCGAGAAGAAGAAGAGUUCAAUACAGGACCAUUGUCUGUCCUUACACAGUCCGUCAAGAACAACACACAAGUUUUAAUCAAUUGUCGAAACAACAAGAAACUACUUGGAAGAGUCAAGGCAUUUGAUAGACAUUGCAACAUGGUACUGGAGAAUGUGAAGGAGAUGUGGACAGAAACACCAAAAGCCGGUAAAGGGAAGAAAAAAUCCAAACCUGUCAACAAGGAUCGUUAUAUUUCCAAGAUGUUCCUGCGAGGGGAUAGCGUUAUCCUAGUGUUGAGGAAUCCUCUGGCAACAGCGAAGCAGUGAUGCACAAAGGGAUGAGAAACUGUUGUUAGACAAAUGAACGAUCACGAAAGACUUUUAUGGCAACCAUGGCUCAUGUUUCUGACUUGAAUGGAGUAUGCAAGUUGGAUUUGUGACCUAGUGAAGCAUUGUGUUCUGUGAAUUUGCCAGUCGGCUAUAAUUCACCGGUUUUGCUAUUUUCAUUUUCAUUUCCAACAGUUCUACAGUUAUCUGUAUACUCACUUGUUCAAAAGAAGGGAAUGAACUGCUUUUGCAAAAUAAACAACAGAAAGCUCAGAACUUUUGAGGUCAGGGGAUGUAAGCUGAAGAAGACUUGCUUUUGUAAAUACAUGUACAUUGGAUUUGUACUAGUGUUUAUGUAAAUAAUUGUGUUAAGUAACUGCUUAUGUUUAUUGUUAGUGAGUGUGUCUUAACUCAACUCGUGGUAGACUUAAAGAAAAGGGAUCAUGUAUUUUGUCAGGUCAAGGUUUUCAAUUUGAUAUUGUGUACAAAAGCAAUGAGGAUGUCAGUCACUAAAAAGAGAACCAAAAAAUACAUGAAUUGUAGAAGGUACAAUGCGCUAGACUUGGACUUUUUUAAGUACAGCAGUUUUCUUGCAAAGAAGUCUGCUUGCAUAGAAAAUGCAAGGGGUGCCAAAUGCUAGUAGAAUAACUCGGAACCGGAAUCACUAGGUGAGUUAUGGUCAUUCUUCCAGCUGUAUGUCACACCUAGGUGCAGUUGGUUUUCCAGAUGGUGUAGGAUUUGACAUGGAAGAAAUAAUGGCUUUAUUUUGUUUAUCUUCAUUCUUGCAUCAGGCUUAUAUUUUAGUGUUUCAUACAGUUGUAUUCGAUUGGGUACAAUUCUCAUUACUGUACAUGUAGUGAAUUAUUUUACUUAAUAACUUUUGUUUCAAACUGAAAAUAAUGACCUGGUGAUUGAGAUUAAACUAAAUAAAUUCAA